AUGAUGUUCUUCCAAAUCGCAGCCGCGAUGGCUGCCAUUGGCACGGUUUCGGCCACCUUCCAGAACAACACCUACGACUACAUCAUCGUCGGUGGCGGUCCUUCAGGCAUCAUCACAGCCGAACGCAUUGCCGAGGCCGGAAAGAAAGUUCUUCUCCUGGAGCGCGGUUAUGGCCCGACUGUAUCUACCGGGUCCAAUGAUACUCUGGUGUGGAACAACACUCUAACCGGAAUCGAUGUGCCUGGCCUGUCUGGCGAUAUCGGCAAUCUCCCUGAGUGGGAGCAGUAUAUCUGUACCGACACUGCGGGUGAAGCUGCUUGUGUUCUGGGUGGCGGUGUCACGGUGAACUACAUGGUUUUCGUGCACCCCCCGGAGCGCGAUUUCAAUGAUAAAUGGCCCCAGGGAUGGAACUGGAAUGAUAUGAAGUCCGCUGCAGCUCGGCUAUAUCAGCGCAAUCCUGGUUCAACUUUGCCGUCGCAAGAUGGGGAGCUUUAUGACCAGGGCUUGUACUCCACUCUGAAGGGCUUCUUCAGCAACCUUGGAUGGACUUCGGUCGAUAUGAGCGAGCAACCCAAUGAGAAACACCAGGUUUACAGCCACCCCGCAUGGAACAUCAAAAAUCAGAUGCGUGCCGGUCCCGUUCGCACCUACCUUCCUCUUGCCGAGCAAUAUGACAACUUCCAGCUGAGCAUGGGCACCAAGGUCCUCCGCCUCAUGCGGACUGGUGGUCAGAUCACGGGCGUCGAGGUGGAAUUAGCUUCUGGGGAGACCGAGAUUAUCACUAUGUCUCAGAAAGGCCGCGUUAUUCUGUCUGCAGGUGCUUUAUCAACCCCUCGUGUCCUUUGGAACUCCGGUAUUGGCCGAAAGGAGCAGAUUCGAAUUGCCCAGGAGAGCGGAAUCAACGUUCCCGCUGAGCAGGAAUGGAUCGACCUCCCUGUCGGCGAGGGAUUGAAGGAUCACCCGAUUUUCCCCUUUGUUGUGAAGACAAACGGCUCAUUCAACGUUCCUGACUAUACCGCGAUCGUCAAUGGCUCGGAUACCACUGAUAUCUCGCUCUACCAUGAGGGAGAUGGUCUGCUGGCUCAAGGCAAGCACCGCAUGAUCUUCUUCACUUCCAACAAUGUGGAUGGUCAGACUCGGUACUACCAGGGAUCCUGCGCCCCCUCUGCCGAAGAUACCGUCUCCAUCACCGCAUACAUGACCCACGGCGCUACUUCCUCCGGCGUCCUCGGGUUGGAUGUUGAUGGCAACACUAUCUUCCUCAAAUCUCCUUACCUCAACACCCAGGGUGACCAGGAAGCUGCAGAGGUCUUUGUCCAGGGCUUGAUUGACGAUUUGAACGCCGCUGGAUGGGAUCUGGAGACCUACACGAAUGCUUCCUCUAUCAUUGAGAACUACACCCAGGGUGUUCACUGGACUACCACUGCCAAGAUUGGUACUGAUGAUGGCCGCAAGAUUGGUGGUUCAUCUGUUGUCGAUCUUGACACCAAGGUAUAUGGUACUAACAACCUUUUCAUCGUUGAUGGAAGUAUCCACCCUGACCUCCCGUCCGGUAACAUCCAGGCCACUAUCAUGGUCGUUGCCGAGGCCGCAGUUGCCAAGAUUCUUGCACUGUAG